GCUCACUCCCUCCCUCGCAGCCCCGCGCAGCCUCCCGCCGCACGAGCACCUCUCCGCGCCGUCCCGCUCCGCCUUCGGCUGCGCUCGGCUCCCGCAGGCGCUCGGCCCUGCGCCCUCGGUCCCCUCCCCGCCCGCUGGACAGGGAGAGCCAAUGGCAGGGCCCACUGUUGCCAAGGUCCCCAUGCUGUUCCUGGUCCUUCUGCUAUUCCCAGAGCUCCAUGUAGCAGGCACCCUUGCGUCUGGAUCCUCUGCACGGAACCUGCCUGAAACCCAUCCCCACCUUCCCAGCUCUUCACUGUGGGUGCCUCAGGCCAGCCAUCAUGGCCGACGGGGCCUGGGCAAGAAGGACAGGGGCCCAGGCAUGCCCAGCCGGGCCCAGGAGGGGACUGUAGUCACUGCCAGUAGGCAGGCUUCUGGGAUGACACUUGGUCAGCGCCCUGAUGGCCUUCUGCAGGACAAGGAUCAACCUCUGGGGCUGGCAUUGCCCUAUCCUGAGAAGGAGCCCCGUUCUUCCGGGUGGGAGAGGAUGAAGAAACGAGGCAGAGAACACAAGAGGCGCAGGGACCGGCUGCGACUGCACCGAGGCCGAGCUGCCAUCCGUGGCCCCAGCUCCCUAAUGAAGAAGGUGGAACCCUCUGAAGACCAGCUGCUGGAGACUGCUGUAGAAGAGUCUUCUACCAGCCUGGCCCCCACCAUGCUCUUCCUAACCACAGCAGACGCUGCCACGCCUACCACAGAAGAAUCCCGGAUCCUGCCAGUUACUUCCCUGAGACCCCAGGCACAGCCCAGGUCUGACGGGGACGUGAUGCCCACACUGGACAUGGCCUUAUUUGACUGGACUGACUAUGAAGACUUAAAGCCAGAGGUCUGGCCUGCUUCAAAGAAGAAAGAGAAACACUGGAGUCACUUUACCAGUGACGGUAACGAGACGUCGCCAGCUGAGGGAGAACCAUGUGACCAUCACCAGGAUUGCCUGCCAGGAACUUGCUGCGACCUCCGGGAAUAUCUCUGUACGCCCCACAACCGCGGCCUCAACAACAAAUGUUUUGAUGACUGCAUGUGCAUGGAAGGGCUGCGUUGCUAUGCCAAAUUCCACCGGAACCGCAGGGUCACUCGGAGGAAGGGGCGCUGCGUGGAACCUGAGACAGCAGACGGGGACCAGGGAUCCUUCAUCAACAUCUAGCGCCCGAGUGGUGCCUCGCCACCGGCUAGGGGUCUGAGCCAGGGAGGUCUGGACAAACAAGCCCGCGUUAGUAACUAGCUCAGCUUGGGGCUGAGUCGGGGAGCCAAUGGCUGAGGCUGCGGAUGCAGGCCCAGUACACUCACUCCCAAGCUGGAGGACAGCUUGGCUCAGAGUAGCUGUGCCUGCCACCCCACCGCCCCACCCCACCCCACCCACCACCCACCCCCAGUCAGACCCACACAGCUCACGGAUCCUGCUCGGCUCUACAAGAUAGCCAUGUUGAGUGCGCCCUCUUCUGCUCGACACCAGCAUUGCAGCAGCUUCACUUUGGAAAAUCAAGAGGUUUUGCGGAUUGGAAAGGGUUGGAAAGAGAGAAGGACGACACAGGAGUGGCUCUGGAAUGCUCCCCACAUUCAUUUUUACUGAAUUUCCACAGAGACCGUGGCAAGAGCCCACCGAAGCACUGAACUGCAAGACUUGUGCCAGGUCCCACCUCAUCCAUGCUCCUCCUCCAUCUCGGCCGCAGAUACACCAUGACUGUCUGCAGCCUUUUCCAACAGGCUUCUUUUUUUUUUAAAGACAGAGUCUCACUCUUUGGCCAAACUGGCCUUUGGAAACUCAGACAAUCCUCCUGCCUCAGUUGUCCAAAUGCUGGGAUUACCAGGCGUGAGUCAGCAUAUUUGGUUGGUGUAUUAUCCUUAAAAACAAAGCAUGGGGGGCGGGGCAUGGCUGAGUUUGUAACUGCUCACCUCAGACGCAUGGACCCUGGGUUUCCACCCCCCAAGUAUGGCGUCAAAGGUGGGUAUAGGCAGGAGGGCCAGAGGUUAAAGGUCAUCUUAGGCUACACAACAAUGUGAGACCAGACUGCAGGAGACUGUGUAUCUCAAGCAAAUCAAAAUAAGCCAUUUGCCUAGCCUACCCAGGGGCCUGGGUUUGAUCCCCAUUCAUUCUCCUCCAUUCCCACUUCUUCCCCCUACCCCGCUACACCCAGGGGCUGCUUCCCCAUGGACAGCGAUCCCCGUGAAAUGGGUCCUUCCAUGUGUCGGGAGCUAAUCACAGUCAUGAAGUGACUGAGGGAAACUAACUUUCCUGUUGUGCCCAUGGCCCUGGUCAUCCACCCCCGGGACACUGGGUCACUCCCUCCUAAAUUGUGCUCAGAGCUUCUACCUUGCUGGAAAGACACACAUGCAUGUCUCCAUAUGUUCAGUUGACACAGUGUUUAGUGAUUCCCAACCUUCCUGAGACACCUCUGAACCCCACCUCUUCACUUCAGCAGCAACGCCCCUUGGGAAGUUGGGCCACCUCUGGGACUGGCACAGCUUUCAUGCUCACAGGCUAAAACCACAACGAUAACCUCACCAUUAUCGUCACCACCCGGAAUAUGUGUCCCAGCCGAUCUGGUUCCAGGAGCCAACUCAGGAGAACGCUUUAGAUUCCCGUACCUGGUGUCUCCCUCCUGGUCAACUUUGGCAAAAGAAAAAAGCUUUCAUUGCGCCAGCCCUCCCCAGCCUGGACCCUAUCCAUGGGAUGCCAGAGCUGUUGACAGCUUUGGGGUAACCAGUCUGGUCCAGGGGUCAGGCACCAAGGAAAACAGGCAGAUCUAGAAGAAAUCAAAUACGCUUGUUCUUGUUUCCCAAGUUGGGUCUGAUAGGCCUGGGAAUGGGGGGCAGGGCCAAGAUCCUGAAGGAUCAAAGUGGCAGUGGGAAAGCAAGUCCUAAUACAGAUUUAUUUUCCUUUUUGUAGUACCAGGGCCUUGCACGUUCCAGGCAAGUGCCCUGCUACUGAGCUACAUGCUAACUGGUCUGCUCUUUGAAGUCUCCAAGGCUCCCCAGGGGGCUGCCAUGGCAGCCGGGGCUGAGAGCAUCGGUCCCCAGCACUCCCGCCUGCUGCAGCACACUGCUGUAAACAGCCUCUUCCUCCUCUCACACUUUGCUGACCUUAGGGAAGUUGCUUUAUGGUCCCUGUGCCUUGACUUUUUUCAUCUGUGAAAUGAAAAUGCCUGAUUCUUAAAACAGUGCCUGGCCCCUAACACACACACACACACACACACACACACACACACACACACACACACCUAGAAUACCAGCUAACAAACUUCAGCAAGCCUUCUCUUCCACAGUGAUCCAUCACAUACCAAAUGAUGCUUUUUUUCCCCCCGAGACAGGGUUCGUCUGUGUAGCUUUGUGCCU